UGUUUCUGCGAAGGUAGGAAAGUGGUCUGGGCACAGGGCCAGGCACUUGUUUGCCAGCAUCUCUGGGAAUCUGGAGGCAGUGCUGGAAGACCCACAGCCUGGCUCUGGGGGGAAAGGAGGCCAUCUUUUGAGGAUCCAGAAGAUGAGGGGGCUCUUCCCACUCAUACCUGUCAUCCACCACAGCCUUCCCCUUCUCUAUGCAGAUCAAACCAGCGACCUUCAGUAGUGACCAUAAAUGACUCCUUUGUCCAGGAAGGUAAGAGUAUCCAGAAACGCAAGCUUUCUCAGAAACGGAGGACACCGCCUUCUCAGUUUUACAUGGGCAGCCACCUGUCCCCAUGGCCCAUGUACGCCAGUGGCCAGACCAUUCUGCCAAACCGAAAGCCCUGUUCAGAGGACUACCGGAAGCGAGCAGGUAGCUGGCAGCAGCAGUCCUUGGGCAUUGCCAAACCAAGGUACCUGGAGCAGCUGGAAAACUACCUGCGCAAGGAGCUUCUCCUACUGGACCUGAGUACGGAUUCUGCCCAGGAGCUGAGACUGCAGCCUUACAGAGAGAUCUUUGAGUUCUUCAUAGAGGACUUCAAAACAUAUAAGCCAUUGCUGUCCUCCAUCAAGAAUGCGUAUGAAGUCAUGCUGGCCCACCAGAGGGAGAAGAUCCGGGCUCUGGAGCCCCUGAAGUCUAAGCUUGUCACUGUGAAUGAGGACUGCAAUGAGAGAAUCCUAGCCAUGCGGGCUGAGGAGAGAUAUGAAAUCUCCAUGCUCAAGAAGGAGAAGAUGAAUUUGCUAAAACUCAUUGACAAGAAGAAUGAGGAGAAGGUUUCACUGCAGAGCGAGGUGGCCAAACUGAGGAAGAACUUGGCUCAGGAGUACCUGCGGUAUCUUAGUGAGCGAGAUGCCCGCAAGAUCCUCAUCACAGACCUGAACGAGCUACGCUAUCAGCGGGAGGACAUGUCACUAGCCCAGUCUCCAGGGAUCUGGGGGGAGGACCCCAUGAAGUUAACACUGGCUCUGAAGAUGACCCGGCAAGACCUGACACGCACGCAGAUGGAACUCAACACUAUGAAGGCCAAUUUUGGAGAUGUGGUACCCAGGAGGGACUUUGAAAUGCAGGAGAAGACCAACAAGGAUCUGCAGGAGCAGCUAGACAGCCUGCGAGCUGACUAUGAAGAAGUCUGCAAGGAGCAUGAGAUACUGCUGCAGCUGCACAUGAGCACACUGAAGGAGCGGGACCAGUUCUAUGCCGAGCUGCAGGAGAUCCAGCGCACCUCCACGCCGCGGCCCGACUGGACCAAGUGUGAAGAUGUGGUGGCUGGAGGCCCAGAGCGCUGGCAAAUGCUAGCCGAGGGCAAGAACAGUGACCAGCUGGUGGACGUGCUCUUGGAGGAGAUAGGCGAGGGGCUGCUCCGGGAGAAAGAUUUCUUCCCUGGUCUGGGCUACGGGGAAGCCAUCCCCCCUUUUCUUCGGUUCGAUGGCACUGUGGAGAACAAGAAGCCAACAAAGAAGGAGGUGGUAAACCUCCUAAAGGAUACCUGGAAGGAACGUCUUGCUGAGGAGCAGAAAGAGAGAUUCUCAGAUUUCUUCUUCAACUUCCUGGAGCGUCGCUUUGGGCCCACUGAUGCCAUGGCCUGGGCCUACACCAUUUUUGAAAAUAUCAAGCUCUUCCGCUCCAACGAGGUCAUGAGUCAGUUUUAUGCAGUCUUGAUGGGAAAGAUGAAGGAGAGUGUGUAUAUCAACCAGAAGGAGACAAAAGCACAGCUGCUGAAGGAGAUGACAAGUGUUGACAGUCAGAAUGAGGGACUCCUAUCCAUGGAGCAGUUCAGCACCAUCCUCAAGAGUACUUUCCCCUUCAAGAAGGAAGAGCAAAUUCAGGAACUAAUGGAGGCAGGGGGCUGGCAUCCCAACAGCAGCAAUGCAGACCUGCUCAACUACCGCUCAUUGUUUAUGGAGGACGACGAGGGCCAGAGUGACCCCUUUGUUCAGAAGCUGUGGGAACAGUAUGUGGAUGAGAAGGAGGCGUAUUUGCAGGAACUAAAGCAGGAGCUGGGCCAGGAUCUCUAUAAUGAGAUAACUCCACGCAAGCUGCGGGAAGCACUGAUGAACAUUGACCCCAGUCUGGACACUCAGACCCUGAACACCUACAUGAGCCAGGCCUUCCAGAUUCCCGUGACUGACUUGCCAGAGGAGGGCAACGAGAAGGAAGAGGACAUUAAGACAUGGCUUCAGACUGUGAUGGAACGGCUUCAAGUGGAUGACAUAAGGCGCGUGGGGCCUCGAGGAGAGCUAGAGCCUGCAAACUAAGGCCAUUCUGGGCAGUUUCAGUGCGCCAGUGCCACUAACUCCUGACUUCUAGUAUAAAAUUUUUGUUUGUCUGAACCUAUGCCAUUCUCCUGACUGCUGGGUAGUGGCGGGAAAGCAAGGGUGGGGAGACAAGCACCAAAACACAGCAUAUUCUAUUUGUGAUACUUUAUUGAGGCUGGGGAGGGGGAGGGGGAGGAGGAGACCUGGAGGAGUAUGUGGGGCCAAGAGAGCCCAGGUGGAAACAGGACAUGUGUUACUGCCUGGCCA